AAGAAUAAAGAAAAUUUCAAUAAACGUUUAUAAAGUUUAUUUAUGAAUGAGUGGAUUAAAAGAAGCAGGUAAAGUAGAACUGUGGAUUGGGACAUUUUUAUAAAAUAAUAAACAGUAGCUUUGAAGGUAGGGGUUAUCUAAAUCCUGUUUGGCCACUGGAAAAGGAACCAAGAACAAACUGUAUGAAAUACACAGUGAUGCACUAAAUUUCCUUGAGGUAAACAAUGUUUAUACAAACUUACAAAGUCCUGUAGGUCAGACAUUCAGGGAUUCUAGGAAUAUAAAAUUACUCCAAUCUGCCUAAAUGAUUUUACAGUAAGAACAAAACUAGAGGCUGCUGUUCUAACUUGCACAUUUUUACUGGCUCUCCCCUUUGAAAAGGGACAGUUAAGCAUUGUGUUUACUAAUCAAACCCCUCAGGCUUAUCCCUGCUACUGUCCAUUAACUCCUAAUACCUGCUGCUGACUGAUUUUGUUGCAAGUUGCAAACACUUCGUUCAUGCAGUCUUCAGGAACUUCUUUUUAAUAGAAAACCUCCUUAAAGCUGUGCACAUAGGGACACCAUAGACCAAGCUUCACACAAAUCACAAAGACACACAAAUACAGACGCUGUGUAUCUCAGCAGGGCAGGGAACAGGAGAAGAGGGCAGAUAGUGGAACUGCAGGGAAUUCCAGACCCAUUCUGUGUAUCAGGGAGACCACUCUCUAAUCUUCUGCCGUUCGUCAUUAUCCCACCAUGGGCCUGCAAUUCAGCAUACCCACUUCUAACCUCUUCCAGAACUUUAGCUUCUUCUCUUCUUUAAAAAAUCACUACCCCAAACAAGCCUCCUUUGAUCAGAGUACAUCGUUCCAACAAGGCAUCUUCGCCACAUUACCAAAGCCUCCAGAUUUCACAUCUCUUAUCAGAAGCUGCAUCUCUAAUGCUUCAACCACAACCCAGGAGUACCUCGUCUUUGAAAAUCCAGAAAAUAAGUUACACCUGAGUCCCCACGUGUUAACUCAGGUUCAGGUUCUACACCUGCCUGAGAAGACAGAAGCUAACAGGACCACAAUGACUGUCGAGGCCAGCAGUGAAUCCAAUCAGGCAGCCCAGAUGGAGUCCAGCCACAAGAACAUCUGUGAGAGGAUGGUGGAAUACUGCAGCUCCGACAACUGCUAUGCCCUCUUCUUGUUCUUUGGGGAAAAAAUGAAAAUGAGAAUAUCUAUGGCAUCCAUAUUUAUGGCCAUUUGAAAAUGUGACGAUUGACAAAGCUUCACAAUCAGAGGUUCACAAUAUUUCCAUACGCCUUUAGGAAUGAUGCAAACAGUUCUGACCAAGAAAAUGGGUGACCCUCUGACUCUCCUGAUUAAAUUUAGUUGAAGAAGCUCAAGACAGACAAAUACUGUACAGGAAAAUAGUAAUUC